AUAAUUUGUCAGAUUUGUUCAUGUUUUUUUUCAUAACUGCGCUUUGUUUAAUCUUUAAAAAGUCCAAAAAUCGCCGUAUCCAACAUGUGCCUCUGUGCGUAAUUACGCACGGUUAUCGAUGUAGAAAUGACUAACAUACCUUAAAACUGAUUUGGGGCGGCUGUGGCUCAGGUAGUAGACCAGGUCGGCCAAUGAUCCAAGGGUCGGCGGUUCAAUUCCCGCUCCCGCCUAGUCAUGUGCUGUUGUCUCCUUGGGCAAGACACUUUAUCUGCCUUGCCUCCAGUGCUGCUGUGAAUGUUGGUGGUGGUCGGAGGGGCCGUAGGCGCAGAUUGGUAGGCACGCUUCCGUCAGCCUGCCCCAGGGCAGCUGUGGCUACAAAUGUUACUUACCACCACCAGAGUGAGAAUGUGUGAGGGAAUGAAUAAUGGAUCCAUUGUGAAGCGCUUUGAGUGCCUUGAAAAGCGCUAUAUAAAUUUAAUCCAUUAUUAUCGAUGUAGAAAUCACUAACGUACCUUAAAACUGAUUUACUUAACAAACAAGGUGAAGCUCAACAGCAGUGUCUGUGCUCAUUGAUAGGGAAACUGAGUGAGGCAGACUUGGGUGUAACAAGACAGAAAAGAGGGGUGUGUCCAUCCCAAAAGUUUUCUUCAAUGGGCUACCUGUAGAGUCUCCGGGCGCAAAAAAAAAAAAAAAAAGUCUCCGGGCGCUGUGCAUAAAUACUCCUCCUUCUGAGGAUAACUUCAGUCCUGAGGGAGAGACAGAGAGACGAAAUUAGGUUUUUGGGAAUCUGGUUCGAGCGCGGAUUAUGAACGCUUUUGGACACCAACCGUCCAACCAGCAGACCAGCCCUAUUCAGCACCACAGCGCGCAGGAGCUCCUGGACAUGGCCGUGUACUGCGACAACUACGGUGUUUAUCAGCAGAACCUGCACCAUCAUCACCCACAGAGGCCGCCGACUCACCCUUCCAGCUACGGCCUCGGAGAAUACUCCUCCGCGUCCACAAACCCCUACCUGUGGCUGAACGGACCGAGCAUCAACUCCUCUCCUUACCUCCCCGGGAACAACGGCACGUCCUACAUUCAGUCUGGAUACGGGUCGAACCAGAGGCAGUUCUUGCCGCCUCCCACCGGGUUUGGCGGCGCAGACCUCGGCUGGCUGUCCAUAUCCAGCCAGCAAGAACUUUUCAAGAUGGUCAGACCUCCCUAUUCCUACUCAGCGCUGAUAGCAAUGGCCAUUCAAAACGCCCAAGACAAAAAGUUGACUCUGAGUCAGAUUUAUCAGUAUGUAGCAGACAACUUUCCGUUCUACAAGAAGAGCAAAGCUGGAUGGCAGAAUUCAAUUCGCCACAACUUGUCACUGAAUGACUGCUUUAAAAAAGUGGCGCGGGAUGAGGAUGAUCCAGGCAAAGGAAACUACUGGACGCUGGAUCCCAACUGUGAGAAGAUGUUCGACAACGGCAACUUCAGACGCAAGAGGAAGAAGAGAUCUGACCUAAGCGGCGCUGACAGCGGCGUCCUCCCGGCAAAGUCAGAGGACGGUGCGCACAAGCUCUCCGACACCGCCAGCUUGCUGAGCUCCUCGCCGCCCAGCCUGCACGGGUCUCCGGCCUCCACGGAGCCCAAGUCGUCCCCGUCUCCCUCCGCGGAGCACAGCCCGUGCUUCAGCAGCUUCGUGUCCACCGUGAACUCCCUGGUGGCCAGCGACGGUUCCCGGGGCGCCGAGCGUGACUACGGCUCCGGGCACCACGGAGGAUUGUCUCAGGCCAGAGAGAGCAUGUCCGGGCUGAGCUCCUACUCGUCCUCUUUAAUCUCUCCUCUGAACUCUGAAAACAACAGGAUGAACUAUUACACAUCAGUACAGGGACUCUCCAACCACUUCAGUGUCAAUAACCUCAUAUACAGCCGGGAAGGAACAGAGGUGUAGACUGAUUAUUAUUUUUAUUAUUUGGGCUGGUUAUAAAAAAAUAUUCUUUUCUUCCAAUGUAGCCUUCUGUUAAAGCACGUUUUCUGGUUUGGUUUGGCCUCAUUGUACAACUGGAACUGUUCCUCUCAUACUGGGAAAAAUAUCAGUCAGUGUAUUAAAAAGCAAUAUAAACUGCCUCUGCUCCAUUAAACCAGUGCAACAGACAUGUUUAUUUGUAGAACACUACUAAAAUCACACAUAUUUCCACAGUUGGGUGCAUAUUUGACCUAUUUUUAAUUGUAGCUGCUCAGCUGGGCUUAAAAAAGAGGAAAACAUCUAUGUACAGAAAUUAUUUUCAUAAGAAGAAACAUGUAUGUUACACUGAAUUGUGUUUUAUUUAAACUCAUGUUGGUGUUUGAAUUAAAAAAACAAACAUUUUUUUGACUCCA